AUGGGAAAUUUUAAGAAAGAGGCCUCCCGUCGUGGCCGUAAGGACACUGCCGGCGAUGGCAUGUCCAAUGUCAAAGUUAAGGGCGAGAAUUUCUACCGCGAUGCCAAAAAGGUUGGGCGAUUGAAUAUGUAUAAGGAGGGGAAACCUAUCCGAAAUAAAAAUGGAGAUAUUCUUAAAGCUGCUUCUUUCCAAUCCCGAGAAAUUCCAACCGCCCGAAUUGAGCCCAAUAGGAAAUGGUUUGGCAAUACAAGAGUUAUUUCGCAGGGCGCUCUUACCUCUUUUCGAGAGGCAAUGGCCCAGAAAGCGAAUGACCCGUAUCAAGUUCUUUUGAAACAGAAUAAACUUCCCAUGUCUCUUCUCGCGGAUCCUACUUCAAAGCAACAUGCUGCGAAAAUCCAUGUCGAGACAGAACCCUUUGCUCAGACCUUUGGUCCAAAAGCACAGCGAAAACGUCCUAAAUUGGCAGUUUCCACUUUGGAGGAUUUAGUAGGCGAGUGUGAGGUGAAAGACAAAAAAUAUGAAGAAACUCUAGAAAUGAAACUUCUAUUGUCUGGUAAGAGCAGCGAGGAAAAUGCCGCUGAAGCGGGAUCUGGAUGGAUUACAGAAGCCAAGGAGCCUAUAUUCUCAAAGGGUCAAAGUAAAAGAAUUUGGAAUGAGCUUUACAAGGUCAUCGAUUCAUCAGAUGUUGUAAUACAUGUUCUUGAUGCCCGAGAUCCCUUGGGAACUCGAUGCCGAAGCAUCGAGAAAUAUAUCAAAGAAGAAGCGCCUCAUAAGCACCUCAUCUUUGUAUUAAAUAAAUGUGAUUUGGUUCCUACAAAUGUGGCGGCCAAAUGGGUUCGACGUCUUUCCAAAGAUUACCCCACUCUGGCAUUCCAUGCUUCUAUAAACAACUCUUUCGGGAAAGGAUCUCUAAUUCAACUCCUACGCCAAUUCUCUGCUCUGCACUCAGAUCGUAAGCAGAUAUCUGUCGGUCUGAUUGGUUACCCCAACACAGGUAAAUCUUCCAUUAUCAACACCUUACGCAAGAAAAAGGUGUGCACGGUAGCGCCCAUUCCUGGUGAAACCAAGGUGUGGCAGUACAUUACUCUGAUGCGUCGUAUCUUUCUGAUCGAUUGCCCGGGUAUUGUUCCUCCCUCGGCCACCGACACCGAAACCGAUAUUCUUCUUAGAGGUGUUGUCCGUGUCGAGAACGUCUCAAAUCCAGAACAGUACAUACCUGCUGUUUUGGAGAGGUGUAAGCAGCAACAUAUCGAGAGGACAUACGAGAUCAAAGGCUGGAAAAACGCAACCGAAUUCUGUGAGAUGCUGGCACGGAAGGGGGGCAGACUGCUGAAAGGCGGCGAAGCAGAUAUGGAUGGUGUCGCCAAAAUGGUACUAAAUGAUUUUAUGAGAGGGAAGCUUCCUUGGUUUACGCCUGUCCCCGAGAUGACUGAAGAGGAGGAAGCCAAGAAUGUCAUUGCGCUCAAAGGUAGAGAGGGCCGAUUGGGUGAAAUGAGGAAAAAGCGCAGCGCCGAUGAAAUGGAGGGCUCGCAGGUGGCGAGUACCACGGCCGGCGAUGGAGAGGAAGUCGAUGAGGAAUGGGGUGGGAUCAAUAGCGACGAUGAUAAUUUUGUUGAUGAGCAAGGUGAGGGCGAGUGGGAAGAUGAUGAGGAUAACGAGGACGAGAACGACGAAGAGGCGAGUGUCGAUGAAGACGAUAAUGCCACAUUGGUUGCUGACCAAGACACUUCGAGCGAAGAAGAACAUGUUAUAGUUAAACCCAGGGCCGAUGGGCGUAAAAGGAGGAAACAAAUCUGA